UGACUUGAAUUAUAGUAGUGAGUAAAAAAAACAGCACCGAAUUUUUUAAAUGCUUUCCAAGUUCAUGGGUUCAUGAAACGAGUCAUGAAAAUAUUAUGAUAAGGAAACGUCACAUUUAAUUACCUCUUGAAAACAAAUACAUUGAACGAAGUGUGAAUAGCUUUUUUACUAAUUUCAGUGGAAAAACCAUUUAUAAACUUUUAAACUUCACCAAUCCAAUUUUUGAACGUCACUUUUCAUACCUGUGGACGCAGGUGCGAUUGCAGGACGAAGGUUGCAUUGAAAAUUAAUUUCAGUACUUACUCCAUAAAAUUAUUUAGCAAUUUCGAUUCUUCCUUAAAAUAUUUCGAUAUUUUGAGGUAUUGAUCCACUGGGAAGACACUAAAUUGGGCGUAUUCCGGUAAAUGAUGGCGUUGGUAGAAAAGGAAUGGUUCAUCGAAGCUCCAUGGGGCAAGAUUUGCAUCGUAGCGUGGGGCAACUGCCUCGACCCGCCCGUGCUUCUCUGCCACGGCAUCAUAGACUCGGCCGCGUCUUUCAGGCCCCUGGUGAAGCUGUUGCCUAAGAACUUCUAUUACAUAGCCGUGGAGUUGCCCGGCAACGGGCGCUCGGACAAGUUCCCGCGCGGCGUCGUGCUCUCGUCGCACGACUUCGUGUACGCGCUGCACGUGGUCGUGCGCCACUUCAGGUGGGAGACGUUCGCUAUGAUCACGCACUCGUUCGGCGCAGCUAUCGGGAGAUUCUACAAUCUCUGCUAUCCGGGCAAAAUCACUAAAGUGGUCGACAUCGAGCCGAUUGCCGGCAGGAUUCCCGUGCCAACUGAGGAGUUCAAGAUGUGGUUCAAGUCCAACUACGUGGACUACUUCGAGAACUACACGUACUACAACAUGGCGAAGCAGAACAUGAAGAAGUUCCCGAAGGAGCAGGCGAUCAAGAAGUUGAUGAAAAGUCGCAUGAUGACCAGACAGAACGCUGAAGCCACUCUUGAGAGGAUGACGGAGCCAGCUGGGAAUGGGUAUCUCAGAUACACCUACGACCAGCGCAUGAAGCUGGUCUCGAGUCCACCGCUAAGCCCGGAGCACAUACAAAAACUCUACACUAGCAUCGCCACCCCGACUCUGUCCAUCAUGGCCAAGGACACAGUCAACAAGGGCGGCUACAAACAUCUACCCUUCCUGGAGGACGAAACCGCCUUCCCCAAUGGGAAUUACCGGGUGAGGUAUGUUAAGGGCGGCCAUGAUGUGCAUUUGAACGAUCCGGGGGUUGUAGCGCCGUUUGUUACGCAGUUCUUGCUGUUUGGUUUGGAGGGGGUGGGGGGGAAGGCUAAAUUGUAAAGCGGUUGGGUUUUUCCCAUCGAGUAUGGAAGUUAUUUUUUCACCCUAAUUAUUUUUUGAUAAUUUAUUUGAAUGAGGAAGUUUAAGUUUUUUUUGUUGAUCUUUUAACGUUUUACCCCCUUGUAAUUAAUUGAAUUUGGGUUUUUAUCCUUUCUAUCCCCUUUUUACCCUUUUAUGAAUUAAAAUUGUUAAGUAAAAGUCAAAUGUGAAGAUUAUUUUUUCUCCUUUUAAAGUUUUACAUCCGUAUACUUUGAAAUUAUUGUAAUGUAUUUUUUGCCCUUUUUUGUACCCCACCCUCUUAUUUAUUGUCAUUGUUAAGAGGAAGUCAAUCUCCCUUGUAUGUUAUAUCACCUAUUGGGUUGUUUUUGGGUAUUUAGCCACCCUCUUGUCAAUUAAUUUUUUUUAGUUGAAUCCAAACAUUUAAGAUUUUUUCUCCAUUUAAUGUUAAAUGAAUUAGAAUAUUAGUUUUUUCCACAUUUUGUGUAUUACAUUUUGUGAAUCUUCCCCUCGAAGGGAGAAUCAAAUUUAUACGUAUUUACUUUGUCUUUCCUCCUUUUAAACUACCCUAUUUUCCCAAUUUCAUACUUUAACAUUAUCUGUAUUUAUCACUUUCUCUGUAUGUUAUACCUUGUCAAUAGUUUAAACUGUAUGAUAAAUGUUUACACUAUCUUUCCCCCUUUCACCCCGUUAUGAAAUAAUCUUGUUAAUUUAAAUUCUACCUUCCUUCUAUCUUUAAUACUUCCUAUUUACGUAAAUUGCAAACGGGGGGAUCUUCAAACUGUCUUUUGUACAAUAACAAUGUAAAAACACCUACCUAUAUUGUAAUGUUUUUUUUUAACGUACAAGACAAUUUUUUUUACAAAAUAAAACUCGCCUUUGGUUGAAGUUAUAACUAAUACAGAUUAGAAAUCCCCCUUUUUUAAUUUUUUUUAAUAUCAUCGAAAUGUAAUGCAUUUAACUCAUUUAACAAUGAUAUUGUAAGUAAAAAGAUGUAGGUUAUUAGCGCUCCGAAAGUGGCAUCCAAUGUGGCUAAUUAGCUACAUUUUGCUUCAGUUUUCGUUCACGAUAGUUGAAUCACGUCAUCUCACUUUGACGUCUAAUCGUGUGCGAUUUUUAAACGACUUCAUAAAAAAGGAGGAGGUUAUCAAUUCGGCCGGUGUAUUUCUUUUUGAAGAUGUUGUGUUCGUAACCUAUAUACACCUUUUUACUUGUAAUAUCUUUGUUUUUAUUGUUCAAUUAUGCGGGUAUUUGUAAAAUUGUUUCUACUUUAUUUCUAUUUCGAUAUUCUAUUAACAAUUAAUUAAUGCAUUUCUUGCUAUGGAAAUCAUUCCGUUUUUAUUAUAAUUUGGGUAAGGAACCAUAGUUAAAUUGUCAUUAAUUUUAUUAUAUUUUU